GCUCUGCUGUCCCUGUGAGCGCAGGUCGCGCCGUCGGAACUGGACUCGCAGUCCCCCGGCUCCACGGUGCCUUGAACGUCCGCGCCUUGGGCCGUCGCCCGCGAGCGGCUCUUGAGGGCGGGAGGAGGACCGGACAGGCGCCGUCCAGCCGGCGGCCCAGGCACAGUCAGUGAGGAACGAGGCACCGUGGCGGCCACUAUGGUUGCCACGUGCCUGCAGGUGGUGGGCUUCGUCACGAGCUUCGUGGGCUGGAUCGGCAUCAUCGUCACUACAUCCACUAAUGACUGGGUGGUGACCUGCGGCUACACCAUCCCCACCUGCCGCAAGCUGGACGAACUAGGCUCCAAGGGGCUGUGGGCUGACUGCGUCAUGGCCACUGGGCUGUACCACUGCAAGCCCCUGGUGGACAUCCUCAUCCUGCCGGGCUAUGUGCAGGCCUGCCGAGCCCUGAUGAUCGCAGCCUCUGUCCUGGGUCUCCCGGCCAUUCUCCUGCUGCUGACGGUUCUCCCCUGCAUCCGAAUGGGCCAUGAGCCUGGUGUGGCCAAGUACAGGCGGGCACAGCUGGCUGGCGUCUUGCUCAUUCUGCUGGCUCUCUGUGCCAUCGUUGCUACUAUCUGGUUCCCUGUGUGUGCCCACCGUGAGACCACCAUCGUGAGCUUUGGCUACUCUCUGUACGCGGGCUGGAUUGGAGCUGUGCUGUGCCUCGUGGGUGGCUGUGUCAUCAUCUGCUGCGCUGGAGAUGCCCAGUCAUUUGGUGAAAACCGUUUCUACUACUCUUCAGGCUCCAGCUCCCCAACUCAUGCCAAGAGUGCCCAUGUAUAA